AUGCCUUAUUCUUCUUCUUCUUACCAAAAAUCACCACAAAACUUCAAAAACUCAACAAUGGUGGCUAUGGGUGCUUCUAGGUUGAAAGAGAGCAAAUUGGGUGCAAUCCCAUUCGGUUUUACGAUUCUGGAUAAUUAUCGUAUCAGGAUUCGACCUCUUCUAUCGCUUGAUAACAUCUGCAAAGGGAAAGAUCAAACUUUGUUCUCCAUGGAAGGAUUAGGGGCUGAUUCCACCUCCCCAAUGGCACCAGUAGCAAAAUGGAAAAGUGAAUUCUCAAGAGUGUUUCAGUUUUAUCUCGACAAAUCGACACCUCUUCCUGUUCAUAGGUGGCUAGGGACACUCGGUGUUGCAUCCAUUUAUGUGUUGAGAGUCUAUUACCUCGAAGGGUUUUACAUCAUCUCUUAUGGACUCGGGAUUUACAUCUUAAACCUGUUAAUUGGAUUCCUCUCACCAAAAGUUGAUCCAGAGCUUGAAGUUCUUGAUGGAGCCUCACUUCCCACAAAAGAAUCCGAUGAAUUUAGGCCUUUCAUUCGUCGUCUUCCAGAGUUCAAGUUUUGGUAUGCAAUCACAAAGGCUUUCAUGGUAGCUUUCUUGAUGACAUUCUUUUCUCUAUUUGAUGUUCCUGUUUUCUGGCCAAUUCUGCUUUGCUAUUGGAUCGUUUUAUUCGCUCUCACAAUGAAACGCCAAAUCAUGCACAUGAUUAAAUACAAAUAUGUCCCAUUUACCACUGGGAAACAGAAAUACGGUGAGAGGAAGUCGCCUGGCGGUAGUGCUGGUGGUUCACCCAUUCACCGAGCUCUCACUAUCAUCACUCCUAUUCUUGUUCAUUUGUCUGCUUCUGCAAAACCCUUGGAUUAUAACGGGGAAAUAAAGAAUAAUGGUAGCCAGAGCCGUAAAGUUAUCAGUUUAUUGUCUCGAAAAGCACUUGGAUCUAUCACACAUUCUCAGUCCAGUAUAUCAGUAUCGGUGCCAACACCAGCAUCCACAUCAGUAUCAGUACCAACACCUGCACCAACAAGGAAGAGGUCAUUCAGGAGGUGGAACAGUAGAUCGAAGAACUACAACAACAAAAUACGGAGAUUGCACACCAAAGGAAGAGAAGAUACAUACAUAGAUGUUGUGAGGCAGCUAAUGAACGAAUCAUGCAUGAUUACUUUGUCAAGGACACCAUGUUUCAAGGAUAUUAUUUUUGUCACCGGUUUUGUAUGCAUAAAGCUCGGUGUUUACGUAGCGUCAACAAUGCACGACAACGUGUCCAUUUUUUUUAGCAAAAACGGGAUGCUAGAGGAUUUGUGGAUAUAUCAUGCAUUCUUUGGCUCUUCUGGCUCCUUCAAUGACAUUAAUGUUCUUAACAUGUCUCCGUUAUUUGACGAUAUGUAUAACAAGAUUGAACCAGACUCUUCCUUUCAAGUAUCUGGGUAUUAUCUUAUCGACGGGAUAUAUCCGGAGCGUGCAUAUUUUGUGAAGUCAUUUUCUUGUCUAAAUGAUCGCAGAAGGUUGAAGUUUAAGAGAGCUCAAGAGAAUGUAAGAAAGGAUGUUGAACAAGCAUUUGGGGCUUUGAAAAAACGUUGGCAUAUUCUUAAAUAUCUCGUGCCCUAUAUGGAGGAGAAGAAAUGA